AGCCUAUAUAGUGCGUCAAACGUAAAAUACUUUUUGGCGUGAAAAAUGGCGGCAGAGAUUGACGGUGUUUUUACUGAAAAUUUGAAAAAUGAAAUACUUAAAAGUAAAGUUUUGGUUGUUGGUGCAGGAGGAAUCGGUUGUGAGAUUUUAAAAAAUCUUGUAAUGUCCGGUUUCAGCGAUAUUGAAAUCGUUGAUAUGGAUAUUAUCGAAGUAAGUAACUUAAACAGACAAUUUUUAUUUCAAAAAAAACAUGUGGGAAGAUCUAAAGCUGAAGUCGCUAAGGAAACAGCUUUAACUUUCAAUCCUAAUGUUAAAAUACUUCAUUAUCAUGAUAGUAUUACGUCGCCAGACUAUGGAUUAUUAUUCUUCAAAAAAUUCUCAUUAGUUAUGAAUGCUCUCGAUAAUAGAGCUGCAAGAAAUCAUGUCAACCGUAUGUGCUUAGCGGUUAAUGUGCCAUUAAUUGAAUCUGGAACGGCAGGUUACGAAGGACAAGUAGAACUGAUUAAGAAAAAUCUCAGUCAAUGUUAUGAAUGUACUCCUAAAGCAGCGCAAAAAACCUAUCCAGGAUGUACAAUACGUAAUACACCCAGUGAAACAAUUCACUGUAUCAUAUGGGCAAAGCAUCUUUUUAAUCAGUUAUUUGGCGAAGUAGAUCCUGAUCAAGAUGUUUCACCCGAUGUAGCAGAUCCUGAAGCAUUUGAUUUAUCUGUACAACCCAAUUUAAAGCAAUUAUUUGAGAAAAAAAAUUUUAGUCGAAAAUCAACAAGAGAAUGGGCAAAGACGUGUAAUUACGAUCCCGAAAAAUUGUUUACCAAAUUUUUUAAUGAAGAUAUUAAAUACCUACUCAGUAUGGACAAUUUAUGGAAAAAAAGAAGACCUCCAACACCUUUAGAUUGGUCUAAUUUACCUGAUGGAGUACCUGGAUCUAGUAAAGAAAUAUCAGAACCUGGAUUAAAAGAUCAACAACGUUGGAGUAUUGCUAAAUGUGGAAGUGUUUUUGCCCAAUCUAUAAUUAAUUUAAGAAAAAAAUUGAAAACUGAAUCAACGCUAGACAAUCAUCUUGAAUGGGAUAAAGAUUAUCCUCUUAUAUGGGAUAAAGAUGAUCAAGAUGCUAUGGAUUUUGUUGCUUCGUGUGCUAAUAUUCGAGCAUAUAUUUUUGGAAUACCACAGAAGACAAGAUUCGAAAUUAAAUCAAUGGCAGGAAAUAUAAUUCCAGCAAUAGCAACUUCAAAUGCAAUCAUUGCUGGAGUAGUUGUUUUACAUGCAUUCUUUAUUCUUGAAGACAAAUUAAAAGAAUGUAGAUCAGUAUACUUGCGUUUAAAAAUGAAUCAUAAAAAUCAAUUGUUAGUACCAGAAAAAUAUUUAAAUCCACCGAAUCCUAAAUGUUAUGUGUGCGCACCAGUGCCACAUGUAAUAUUAAUUACAGAUACAUACAGAAUGACUAUUCAACAACUCGAGGAGUUAGUAUUAAAGGACAGACUUAAUAUGAUUGGCCCAGAUGUUAUGAUAGACGGUCAAGGUGUAAUUGUUAUUAGUAGCGAAGAAGGAGAAACUAAAGAGAACAAUGAUAAAACUCUUAAACAAAUAGGAUUAAAAGAUGGUACAAUUUUAAAAGUCGAUGAUUUUCUUCAAAAUUAUGUAUUAAAAAUCACUAUAGUUCAUAAAAAGAAAUUAUGUCCGAAGAACAAACCUCCAGAUUUUGUAAUAGUAGCUAAUGAAGAAGAUCUUAAGCCGAAAAAAGAAAAAAAUGAUACUGAAAAACCAUCAACAUCUAACAUCAAAAAAUCGUCCGUUUUGCCAAUGGAUAAUGUUAAUACUGAUGGAGAAGUAGAUAUACAUAAGAAACGUAAAACUGAUGCAAGUAAUGAUAACAACAUAUUACCCAAAAAACGAAAAAUCGAUAAUGAAGGUAAUGGUAAGGGUAAUGGUGAAGGUGAUAAUGAAGGUGAGGUUGAAGGUGAUGAUGAAGCUGAUGAAGAUGAUUAUGAAGAUGAUGAUGAUGAGGAGGAUAGUGGUGAAGAUAUUUCUAUCAUAGAAGAUAAAACAGCUAAGUCUACAGAUGACGAUUGUAUGAUUGUAAACGAUUAAGUCACCAAGCAACAACUUAAAAACAUUAUAAUUAAAAGUUACUAUGAAAAUAUCUGUUACAAGAUAAAUGAACAUAAUCAGAGUAAUUGGUAAUUAUUCAUUUUCUUUUUCGUAUUUGAAUUUAAAGCAAUAUGGAAGUUAAGUUUGAUUAAGUGUGUCCCGAAUUUAAAUACACACAAAAAAGUGUUAGAAGUCAAUUGGUAAAAUACAUAUGUGUAUAUAUCCAAAGCAGUUUUGAUAUUCAAAUAAACAACAAAAUAAAUAAAUCAAUAAAAAA